AUCGUAACCCAACCAAAAAAUAUGGCAGGCACAUUAAUGACAAAUUUUGCUAGCUAUAAGCACCAUCUAAGCAUGGUUCUAGUGCAAAUUUUGUCUGCAAUUGUGUAUUUCAUUACAGAAGCUGCCUUCAAUCAAGGGCUAAACACUUAUGUUUAUGUCAGUUAUCGAUUUAUACUAGCCGGCUUGCUUAUGUUUCCUUUGGCCUAUUUUCUUGAAAGAAAAUCCAGGCCAAAGCUGACAGUAGCAAUGUUUUUGGAGAUAUUUUUGGUUUCUCUCAUGGGGAUAUGUUUAACCUUCAUCAUGUUCUUUAUAAGUAUGAGGUGCACUUCUCCAACGUUCGUGGCAGCAGUGUUCAACACUGUUUCAUCUUUGACUUUUCUAAUUGCCAUCUUGUUCAGGAUGGAGGUGGUUGAUGUAAGGAGUCAUCGUGGGAUGGCCAAAAUCCUUGGAACAUUCAUAUCAUUGGUAGGGGUCACCAUCAUCACUUUAUACAAAGGACCUGCACUGCAGAACUUGUGGGGUACUCCGAUUCACAUGAAAAGACUUUCUAUUCAUGAGAAUUGGGUUAAAGGGUCAAUCCUUACUAUUGCUAGCUGCAUAACAUUGUCUGCAUGGUACAUUAUGCAGACAUUUACUAUGAGGAAAUAUCCAGCUCAAAUGUCACUCACAGCAUGGAUUAGCUUCAUCGGGGGAGCACAAUCAGCUGUUUUUGCAUUUUUAGUACAACAUGAACCGGGUGUUUGGUCUGUCAAAAUGUUCGGAAUUGAUUUUUGGGCCAUUACAUAUUGUGGAAUUAUUGGCUCGGGGCUUGUCAUCUUCAUUCAACUAUGGUGCAUGAAGGAGAAAGGGCCAGUCUUUGUCUCCAUGUUUAAUCCUCUUCAAACACUUAUAGUGGCGGUUCUAGCAUACUUCGUUUUCGGUGAAAAACUGUAUACAGGCAGCAUACUAGGUGGAGUCACUGUUAUCAUAGGCUUAUACUUGCUAUUGUGGGGCAAAGAAAAAGAUGAAUCUUACAUCAAGGGCCAAGAGCUAGAGGAGAUAAAGGUAGCCGACAAGGAGGAGGUAGCUUCGGCAGUAAAAGAGGAACCAUGAAGGACAUCAGAGAAUAUUAGAAUUGGCAUAGAAAAAUAAAUUGAUUUGUCAUUUUCAGUAAUCACAAAUUGUAUAAGAAUUUAGUGUUUUGAGGGGUUUAGGGCAACAGCAAUCUAUGCAAAACCAUUGCAAUUCCUAUUAAAAAAGAAGGGUUAUCAUUUACUAAUAUAGUUCUCCAAGUUGCUAAAA